AUGAGCGGGACGGGGUCGUCGGGGAAUGGGUCCUUCAGUUCCCUCUGGCACCGGUCAACUGACAAACUAUCCCCCAAGAAGUUUAAAUUUAUGCCUAGUAAUGUGGCAAAGACUGGUAAUGGUAAGGAGGGUGAGGAUGCAGCUACGGCUGCACUAUCUGCCAAGCAGCAUCGCAGGGCUCAAGUUCGAAAGGCUCAGACUGAACAUCGGCAAAGAAAGGCAAACCACGUUAAGCAAUUGGAACAAGAUAUUAUUGAUCUGCGCAAGAUGAUUAUCACGGCUGAAACAGAAGCCUCACUCGUUGAGCAGGAGAAUGAGGCUAUUAGGAAGAUCGUUGUACAGGCCAAGCUGCCAACCUCUACCUCGGAUGCCUCUUUUCCACCAAUGCUACCAACUAUCCAAAACGAACAGCUAGAUUUACAAUUCCAACCUAACCCCCAUCAAGACCUCACACAAAGCCAGUUCAACAAUGACCUAGCGUCACAAGAGGCAUUUCUACAGGAUUCUAACAGCUCGCUCGUUAGUAUCAUCUUCGAUGAGCUCGUCGGACAAGAAUGUUUGCACGUCAGUCCGUCAACAAGCCAAGAAACUUUACCACAAAUAAUCAACUCUCCGGAUAUCUUCAACUUCCCCAACAAUGCCUUCGCCGCUAAAGCUCUGACGAAUCCUCUAAGCAUUGUCUCCGAACCAUCGAAUACAAAUAGCCUCCCAACUGCCGUGCCACAAUCUCUACCAGCUAGUACAAUAGCCCAAGAGGAGGAACUAGACCUGGCAACCAUAGCUAUAAACUUUAUCCUCGCCCUCGAACAUCCCUGUCGCACACACUUCCACCACCACUCCCCCACCACACCUUUCGACCCUACCGGGGACCCAAGUGGACAUGAACUCAUGGCCUCCACGUUAAUGUAUUCUUCUGCCCCCGAGCCGGUAUUCUCAGACUUCGCCCCAGGAAUUCACAGGUGGACGUCUUCCAAGAGCAGCGAAGAUAAUCUCAAACAGUUAGAAGCGAUGAGUCGUAGUUUGCCUAAGGCGGAUUGGGAAAUAACGCCUGUGCAGGCUUGGUUUAGAAUGGUGGAACAGUUUGGCGUCGAUUGGAUAACGGCCGGUAGCAACGCAAAAGGGAACGAGGCGGAGAAUGUUUUGGAAUGGGUGAAGAAAGAUUUAGCAAAGAUAGUUGGCUGUUUCGCAUUUGGAGCUGUCAUGGAUGAGAAGAAAUUUUGUGAUGUUAUGGAGGAAAAUUUUAAUGUUGGGGGUGGGAGGUCGCUUGUAUUUUAA